CUUCUCUUGUCUAUCUAUCAUUCAUAUUACUACUAAGUUUUGUUGCAUCUUUCUCUCUUUAGUAUUAAAGCAAACCACAAACAAAAAUGGGAAGCUGCUUUCUCUUCUUCGUCGUUUUACUAUUAUCGUCUUCCGUUGACGCCUGCGACCGAUGUCUCCAACGCUCUAAGGCUGCUUAUUUCUCCUCUGCCUCUGCUCUCUCCUCGGGAGCUUGCUCCUAUGGUUCUAUGGCUACGAGUUUCUUCGCCGGUCACAUAGCCGCUGCCGUGCCUUCAAUAUACAAAGACGGCGCCGGCUGCGGAGCUUGCUUCCAGGUCAGAUGCAACAACCCUUCUCUUUGCAGCACCAGAGGAACCACGGUGAUGGUCACCGACCUGAACAUGAGCAACCAAACAGAUCUUAUCCUCAGCAGCAGAGCCUUCAGGGCCAUGGCUAAGCCGGUUAUUGGCGCCGACAGAGAUCUUCUUAGACAAGGCGUUGUGGACAUUCAAUACCAGAGAGUCCCUUGCGACUACGGAAACAAGAAGAUGAUGAAUGUGAGAGUUGAAGAAUCAAGCAAGAAGCCAAACUACUUGGCGAUAAAGCUCUUAUACCAAGGAGGCCAAACCGAAGUCGUAGCCAUCGACAUUGCUCAGGUUGGUUCUUCCCAUUGGAGUUACAUGACCAGAAGCCACGGAGCCGUCUGGGUCACUGACAAAGUACCAACCGGACCUCUUCAGUUCAGAUUCGUGGUGACUGCUGGCUUCGACGGCAAAAUGCUCUGGUCCCAGCGAGUUCUUCCGGCCAACUGGGAAGCUGGCAAGAUCUACGACGCCGGCGUUCAGAUCACCGACAUUGCUCAGGAAGGUUGUGAUCCAUGCGACGAUCACAUCUGGAACUGAUUUUUUUUUUUUUUUUACAUAGCCUCAUGUGUAAUCAGCUAUUCACUAUUAUUUGAUUUUAACUGCAAUCAAUGUUAAUUUAUUAAAAACAAAAGAGAACUAAAGAAAGAUUAAAAGAUGGAUAUACAUAUACAUGUAUGUACAAAAGAGGUCUAUAUAUAUAUGUACACAGGACCACCUUUCUUUCUA